UGCGGCUGGCACUUGCCCUUGGUGUGCGCGCUGCGCGAGCCCCAGACGGCCAUGGACGACGGAGAGUGUCUGCGGCAACGGAGGCCCAUCCGGCCCCAGGUGGUCACUGAUGAGGCAGCCGUGCAGGAAACCGAGAGGAACAGCACAUACAGUGGAAAAGUCUUCAAAGCAACAUUAACUUUUCUGGCACUGUCUUUGCUGAUCCCAUGUUUGGCUGCUAUCUGUUUCCUUGAUUGCCCCAUUGAUCCACAAUAUUUGAGUUACCAUGUGCCUCCUCUUAUGACGGGUGCCCUUGAGCAAAAUGUGAAAUUAAGACAAGCUGAACGAUUGUAUGAGGGGCAACUUAUUGGGCCAGAAUCCCUUGCGAACAUUGGAGAUGUGUUUUUCACUGGAACAGCUGAUGGGCAGAUUGUAAAGAUUGAAGAUGGCCAAAUUCACACAAUUGCUAGACUUGGCAGACCCCCAUGCGGAACCCGUGAAUAUGAACCAAACUGUGGACGACCCCUGGGGCUUCGAGUUGGUCCUAAUGGAACGCUCUUUGUUGCUGAUGCUUACCAGGGAAUAUUUGAAGUAAACCCUGUUACAGGUGCUGUGGAGAAGCUUGUGUCUUCAGAGACACUUGUCCAAGGGAAGAAAAUGUCCUUUGUAAAUGAUCUAGUUGUGACCAGUGAUGGAAGGAAGAUCUACUUCACAGAUUCCAGUAGCAAAUGGCAGAGACGGGAUUAUCCAUAUCUUGUUAUGGAGGGAACAGAUGAUGGACGAUUGCUGGAGUAUGACAGAAUAACAAAAGAAGUGAAGGUUUUGAUGGGAGGAUUAAGGUUCCCCAAUGGCGUGCAGCUCUCUCCAGCCGAAGAUUUCUUGCUUGUAGCAGAAACUACAAUGGCACGAAUAAAGAGAUAUUACGUGUCUGGUCUUACAAAAGGUGGGGUAGACAUGUUUAUGGACAACUUGCCAGGUUUUCCUGAUAACAUACGGCUCAGUAGCUCGGGAGGAUACUGGGUUGCCAUGUCUGCUGUGAGACUCAAUCCUGGAUUUUCCAUGUUGGAUUUCUUGGCUAAUAAACCGUGGAUUAAAAGAAUUAUAUUUAAGUUAUUCAGCCAUGAUACAGUGAUGAAGUUUGUUCCCAGAUACAGUCUCGUUGUAGAACUCGGUGAGAAGGGAGCUUAUAAAAGAAGUUUUCACGAUCCCAAUGGAGAGGUGGUUACCUUCAUUAGCGAAGCCCAUGAACAUGAUGGAUAUUUAUACAUGGGAUCCUUCCGCUCUCCUUUUAUUUGCAAACUGAAUCUUCAGGAAGUGUGAUAUUCUAAUAAUGCAACAAAAUCCUAAUCAUUUUAGUAAAUGAGCAAAAAAUGUAUCUGUUUUGAAUUUAACUACCUUUACAUCCCCCAGUGAGAUGUUUAUUUGCGACCUAGUGGGGCCCAAAGAGAAACACGUAUCCAUCUUGGAACCACCUUGGAUAUUAUUAGAUUUGUGAAUAUGAUAACGUAUUAUCAUUUCCAACGAUGUAAUGUUAGCCAUUUAAGCUGUUGUGGGACCAGAGCAGCAUAUUACGUUAUAAAUUGUUGACACAUCCAAACUUAAAAGUACUGUGUGUGCCCAAUGUAUGUGCUGAGUUAACCAUACGUCUAAGAACAAACCGUGGCUUUAAAUGACCAUCAUUUGAAGUUGUGCAGAUCAAGUAUUCUAUAAGCACAUAAGAAAUGGUUCUGCAUGCUCAUUUACCUGAAUAAAGGCAGUUGGUAAUUUAUAAACCUUCUUGAUUUGCCACAAAAGUACUGGAUAGAUUUCUCAGACACAGAAAAUAAACACGUGAAUGGGAUAUAUUACCCCAGCUUUGGGUAAAAGACUAUAUAGAUAAAAUAUGUCUGAGGGGACCGAAUUUAUCUCUGUAUUUUUUUAUUAUUACCCCGAUAUUGAAAAGGGAUCGCAUUAUUUGUGAUCUCAUAUCUGUCCUUUUUCUUACUAGUGUUGAUAUAAGACGUAGUCUGGUGCAGCAUUCUAAAUAAACGUGCAACUCUUGCACUGACUUAAUUAAUUCCCUAAUAAAAUGUAACAUCUAUACAAUACUUUGCAUACUGUAAAAACGGCAAAGUCAGCCAUGCCUUAUACAAAAUAUUAUUCAGUAGGUUUAAAUAAUGGCCUGGGUUAAAGCUGUGUGUGUGUGUGUGUUUUUUGUUUGUUUGUUUUUUUUGUGUGUCAAAUACUAAUCUACCGAAUGAUUCAAUUUUUGCAGUUAUUUAUAAACUUACAAAUUGCAGAGAAGCUAAAUUAUAGCAUCAAAGUGGAAAAUUCUGCAUCACUACAGAACAUGAUCUGAAAGACUGCAGUGUUGAUUGCCAAGUGCAACACAUCCUUAAAUGCUACAACAGAGAAAAA